AAACCCUAAAAACCCCAAAGAGGAAAGAAGGAUUAUGGCCUUAGAAACCGUUGUAUUCAAACAAGACCCUUUCUCUUCUUCUUCCUCCUCCUAUCUUUAUGAGGAACAUUUUUAUCCAUGUGGUGGAUCCGUGUUCGAGCCGGAUUAUGAUAUGACCGGCAUACAAACACCGGAAAAGAGCGAUAAUGAUGUUGCUAUACUGGAAAAGAGUGUUGCUGGUGUGAGCAGUUGGGACUCCGGCCCCAUGGUCGGGUGCGAUGGUGGGAUCAACUCCUCCUCCUCCUCGUCAUUGCCGCCGGAGGACUUUGGCGGAGGUUCCAUGAUGUUUCCUGCAAUGGAUGUGGCGGUGGGCUGCAGGAGGAAGAUCAGACGGAAGGCGAGGGUGGUGAAGAACAAGGAGGAGGUGGAGAACCAGAGGACGGCGCACAUUGCGGUGGAGAGGAACCGCCGGAAGCAGAUGAAUGAGUACCUCGCCGUGCUUCGGUCCAUGAUGCCCCCGUCCUACACCCACAGGGUGGACCAGGCAUCAAUCAUAGAAGGAGCUGUCAACUUCGUGAAGGAGCUCGAGCAGCUCUUGCAAUCCCUCAAGGCGGCCCAAAGGAAAGUGUCAGGGAACAAGAACACGACUAAUGACCUCUCUUCCUCCCCCUUUGCCGACUUCUUCACCUUCCCACAGUACUCGGCCGACCCGACUCAGUUGAAUCAUUACGCUGGCCCAACUGUCGAAACAAUGGUGGGACCGGAGAGGCCAGAGACUGCAAUAGCUAAUGUGGAGGUGACGAUGGCGGACAACCAUGCCAAUGUUAAGGUCCUGUCGACGAAGCAGCCUAAGCAGCUGCUGAAGAUGGUGGUCAGGUUGCAGUAUCUCGGCGUCAGCAUCCUCCACCUCAAUGUCACGACCGUCAAUGAUAUGGUCUUGUAUUCCUUCAGCACCAGGGUUGAGGAUAAUUGCCAGUUCACGUCAGCGAACGAGAUAGCAGCUGCAGUGUACGAGAUGGUCGUUAGAAUCCAAGAAGAAGCUAAUUUCAGCUGACGAUAAAUAAAUCAUAUCAAGCCCUAAGAAGGCUUCAUUAAUUAUGCGUGGUAGUAUGUCCUCGAGAACUUUAGUAGCUGGUAAGUUACAAUCUCCGUCAUCAUAUGCUCUAGGACUGACGGUGGCCAUAAAGGGGAAAAGGAAAAGAAAUGUGUAUCAUAGUUGAGGAGCAAGACUAUAUGCAAGUGGUGUAUGUGCCCAAAUUCGUUAAUAUGUUGUAUUAUA